CUCUGACUUCACAGCGGUGUAUGUGUGUGCUGCUGCCUGUGUUAGCUGAAACUUUAUCAUUAAAGAUAUGGCGAAUUUAGCUCUUGCUGCGGCCGCUGCUGCUGGAAGAGACCCUGCCGUGGACCGCUCUUUACGUUCAGUCUUCGUGGGAAACAUCCCAUAUGAGGCUACUGAGGAACAGCUAAAAGACAUCUUCUCAGAGGUUGGACUUGUCGUCAGUUUUAGGUUGGUGUAUGACAGAGAAACUGGAAAGCCAAAAGGGUAUGGCUUCUGUGAGUACCAGGAUCAAGAGACGGCCCUCAGUGCCAUGCGCAACUUGAACAGCAGAGAAUUCAGCGGUAGAGCCCUCCGUGUUGACAACGCUGCUAGUGAGAAGAAUAAAGAGGAGCUCAAAAGUUUGGGUACCGGUGCUCCAAUUAUUGAGUCCCCUUAUGGAGAUGGCUGCACACCAGAAGAAGCUCCAGAGUCUAUCAGCAGAGCUGUGGCCAGCCUGCCCCCUGAGCAGAUGUUUGAGCUCAUGAAACAGAUGAAGCUUUGCGUGCAAAACAGUCCCCAAGAAGCCAGGAACAUGCUCUUGCAGAACCCUCAGCUAGCCUACGCCUUGCUGCAGGCUCAGGUUGUCAUGAGGAUUGUGGACCCUGAAAUUGCCCUGAAAAUGCUCCACCGGCCACCAGUGGUUGCGCCCAUAAACCCAAACCCUCAGCCCGGGCCGGUUCUAGUAGCUAACCAGCCGCUGCCUCAGCCCAACCUCUCUGUCUCUCAGCCUCAACCAAUGCAAGGUAUGCAUGUAAAUGGAGCCCCUCAAAUGAUGCAGCCUCCACAGAUGGGUGGUGGAGGACCCGUACCAAUGCCAGGACAGGGACCAAUGGGACCAGCUGGUGGGAUGCAGCCUCAGAUAGGGAUCCCCCCAGGAGGCCCUGUGCCCAUGGAUAGAGGACCAGGAAACCUCCAGGACUCUCCUGUUGGAGCAGCUGGGCAGGCUGCUAUCGAGCGGUCUCAAGUGCCAAUAGGAGACCCACGGGCCCCAAUGCGCGGGGCCCCAUCAGGCCCUCAAGGUAUCCCACCCAGAGGCCUCCUUGGUGAUGGCCCAAAUGACCCACGAGGUGGAUCAUUGGUCAGUGAUGUGGUGGAGCCAGGGCGUGGUUAUAUUGGAGGCCCUCCACAACACCAGGGGCCGCCCAUGCACAUGGCGCCCCCAGACAUGCGAGGCCCUCACGACAUGAGAGGAGGACCCAUGAUGGGAGAACCUAGAGGGCCUAUUAAUGAACAGCGUGGCCAACCCAUGGAGCCUAGAGGUCGUGAUCCACGGGCUGUUGAUGCUCGUGGUCCGAUAACUGGUCAGAGGGUUCCUGUGGCAGGUGGAAUGCAGGGUCCCCCUCCCCACACCAUGGGACAAAGUGCACCUUCAGCAGCGAGACCAGGUCCUGCCCCUGAUGUCUCAUCGCAAGACCAUGAGAAGGCUGCCCUAAUCAUGCAAGUCCUGCAGUUGACCCCAGAACAGAUCGCCAUGCUGCCACCAGAACAGAGGCAGAGUAUUCUCAUAUUGAAGGAGCAGAUUCAGAAGACGGCAGGUGCACCUUGAGGACAACACUUACUGACCUGUAGAAGAUCUGCAAACCACUCAAAGGCGUGUGUCUCUCUACACAACCAGUAGAAGUAAAUCUAAACCCAAGAGUCAUAAAUGAAGAGGAAACUGACUUCAAAGAAACAUCAAGCUUUGUGAUCAUUCUGAGGAACACUAGUACCUAACUUCCCUAUUUGACAAAUACCACAAAUUCUUACCCUCUUG